AGACCAGACACCACACCAACGCAAACCCUCACCACUCUCUCCUUCGUCUCCCUCGCCGCCGGCGCCGCUCCCAUGCUCCGGCUGCGAAGCUCCAUCCUCGCCCAUCUCCUCUCUUCCUCUCCGGCUGCGAAGCACCGCGCGCCCGAGGCCAAGGAGAUGGGCAUCGUCGACGUCGUCUGCCCCGGCGCGACCGAGACCGCCGCCGAGGCCCUCAAGCUCAUCGAGCAGCUCGCCGCCAGGAAGUGGGACGGCGCCGUGUACGCGUCGAUUAGGAUGUCCAUGUUCCCCGAUGCGUGCAGGGCCGUUGGGAUCGCCGUCGAGAGCGACGAGGAGAAGGGCAGGCACUUCGCCUCCAGGCUCUGAUCAGGGGAGGUCGGAGGUUCUGAAACGACCUGCCUUUGUUCUGACAAAGUGUCUACGGAGCCUGAUGUCUCUCUUGGCAUUCUGUAUCUGUACAUGGAUCAGCCAAUGAUGCUUUGUAUGAAACAUGCAUUAUAUAUAUACUUUUGUAGGCUUUGUAUUUUUUGUUACUUUGAAAGUGUGAAACAAAUAGAAUGCUUGUGUCUUACCGUUGGAUUGGUUAUUUUGUUGUUGCUGCAGUGAGAUUCUCAUUUGCAAAAUCAACAUAUGAGUGAAUUCA